CGACGUAUCGCUCUGUAUACCUGUCAUGGAUUCCGAGGAUCGACCGCGGCCGCCGCGGGCACGCGUGAUCGCGCGACUCCCUGCGUGAAGAAGUGUGUCACGCAUCGCACGCACGUCGACACGCGAGGACGUUCCACGUAGGCAACGCUACCCGACGUACACGAGGUAGCGCAUAUACGGGACGAGAUCGUCGUCGUCAUCGUCGUCGUCGAUCAUGAGCGUCGCGGUGUCGUCGCGCGGAGGAAGAAGGUGCCGUCGCCGCUGGUGAACGACGCUGAGAAGAGGACGACGCUAUAGGGGACGACGCGCCGACGCGCACCGGGAGGCGCGCCGUGCCGAAAUGAUCGCCCUCGUCGACGAACAAUCUGUUCUCAUUCGGAGCACGGACCUUGAGGAGCAGGCGACAGCGGACGGGUGGGAGCUUUAAGAGUCGGCGAACGUGUCGUGCUGAAGGACGACGCGCUUAACGUCGUCGUCGCCGUCGUCGAAUAGACGAGAAGAGAGUACGCUCUCUCAUAAUCGGCGUGGGCAGAUUGACAACCGGGUGGUACCGGGCAACGAGGAUGAGGCAAGUGGUCGUGCUGGAGCCGGCGGGCAGCGUGCUGGUCAUCAGGCAGACGUCCCUGGGCAACAACGGCGGAAACGUCGGCACCAAUUCAACGGGCACCAACGACACCCAUGCCUUGGUCAAUCACGCCGCCGUCCCCACGAUCGCCUCCAAUGACCACAAUCAGAACAGGAUCGUCGUGGUGCGCUCAUCUACCUCGUCCACCUGCAUGACCAACUCGGCCGACAAUCACGCAUCGACCAACGGUAAUAACAACAUCAACGUUAACGCAAACAUCAAUGGGAACUCGGGCGGCAUCAGCUGCAAGUCAUCGCCGAAGGUUGGGGUUGGCGGUGGUGUCUGCAAGCCGAACGAAAGAAACGAUCAUCUACGGAACGAGUACAAGAGCCAGGACGCCAACAGUAACGAGAUGAAUCCCGCCGCUGGAUGUCGUCCAAGGACGAGCAAGGAAGUCGCUCAUGAGAACGUCGCCUCUGACAGGAAGCUCGAUGGCGCGGAUCCCAUCUCCGACGGCGACCCGAUAAAGCUUCCCGAAAAUCUGGAAACCUUGCCGCGAGCUGAACACUUUCCAACUCAGAGGCAUCGAUGGAACACCAACGAGGAAAUCGCCGCCAUCCUGAUCAGUUUUCAGAGGCACACCGAAUGGCAAAGUCGGGAGGUGAAAGUACGACCACGAAGUGGUUCGAUGUUACUGUACUCGAGAAAGAAAGUACGCUAUCGGCGAGAUGGUUACUGCUGGAAGAAGAGAAAAGACGGAAAAACUACACGGGAGGAUCAUAUGAAACUGAAGGUCCAGGGAGUCGAGUGCAUCUACGGCUGUUACGUGCACUCGGCUAUCCUUCCGACGUUUCAUCGCCGGUGUUACUGGCUACUACAGAAUCCGGACGUUGUUCUCGUUCAUUAUCUGAACGUUCCUUAUCCGGACGGCGAUGCGAAACUGGCGGCCUUGCCACCCUGUCUUGCACUGCCGCCAGAUAAGAAGGAAUGGACGCGAGACGAGCUCGCGUCGCAAUUAAGGCCCAUGUUCCUCGGUGGAGAUGAUGAUCCAAACAAUCCUCAUCUCACGCAGCACUCGAACCAUCCCGUCGACAUGAUAGUUUCUCAGCUGCUCGACAGGCAGAGGGCAUCCUCCACUUCCUCCACCAGCAACACUCAACUCGCACCUAGGAGACUUACGCCCGACAAUCAGGUCUCUUCGACAACGGGAGGUCAGCAACCAUCGACGACAGCGACUCCGGCUCCCCGUGUAUACUCAAGACAUUCCCAUUCCACUCAGAGCCAACAGCCGGCUCCUUUAGUUUUAAGUUUGCAACAAAUCCAAGGCGGUGGUGGUCUUCUGAUACUCAAUAGUCAACCAUAUCAUCAUCAGCAGCAGCAGCAGCAGCAACCACAGCAGCAGCAGCAGCAGCAACAGCCGCAACAACAACAGCAGCAGCAGUCGCAACAGCAGCAGCAGCCGCAACAGCAGAGUCAGCAGGUGGAGAUGCAACAGGUCACGGAGCAACAACUCGUGCCACAGACCAGCGUAGAUCGAGAGCAACAGACGCAACAAGAGAUCGAGGCACAGGAGAACAUGGACAGAUCCGCCGUUCAGUCUCUACCGAUCGGCGGUUCCGGCUCCGAGGUGACCGAUUUCGCCGAAACGCUGGAUCUGAGUCAGGAGGACAUUCAAAAGACACUGUCCGCUAAUAUGGUGCCCCCGUCACCGUCGCCGUCGCCGGCGGACAACAGCAUGAUCAAUCCGAUGGACUUUAUCGACUCGUCGGAUGACGUGCUGGUUAAUCUAGACGCGUUUGACGUGUUCGGCGAUUUGCCGGAGCUGCACGACUUCGAGGCCGAUCAGACGAAGCACGAGGAACAGCGAGGUGGUCCCGAGAACGACGUCGGAUGUCAUCCUGGUACAACCGUCCAUAUUGCAGAGUAUAGUCCUGAAUGGAGUUACACCGAGGGUGGUGUAAAAGUAUUAGUUGCUGGUCCAUGGACCGGCGGUAGUGGUUCUCAAUCGUAUUCGGUACUUUUUGACGCGGAACCGGUUGAGGCGUGCCUCGUGCAACCAGGUGUACUGCGCUGUCGAUGUCCCGCGCACGCACCAGGAAUAGCGUCCCUUCAAGUGGCGUGCGACGGUUUCGUUGUGUCCGAUAGCGUCGCCUUUGAAUAUCGUAGAGCGCCGACGAGCGAACCUAGCCCAGAGAAAGCUCUGCUGGACCGCCUUGCGGACGUCGAGGCUCGUUUGCAGGGUCCCGGUCCGCCGUCUCCCGCAGCACAUCUGGAAGAGCGACUGGUUGCUUAUUGCCAGGAUGCUGUUGUCCGUCCUUGGCGAGCUGGAGCGGAACCUCUUCAAUCCGGUGGGCCUACCCUUCUGCAUCUGGCAGCCGGAUUGGGAUACUCCAGGUUAGCCUGUGCACUCCUUCACUGGAGAGCGGAAAAUCCUAGUAGCGUUUUGGAUGCCGAGGUCGAUGCUCUCAGGCAGGAUAGCGCCGGUCUCACGCCGCUUGCUUGGGCUUGCGCGGCAGGACAUGCCGACACCGCCAGGAUUCUUUACAGAUGGAACGCUAUGGCGCUUCGCGUGAGGGACUGUCAGAAUAGAACGGCGACCGAAUUGGCCGCAGAAAACGGCCACGUGGCAAUUGCCGAAGAACUGAAUCAGCUCGAAGCCCGAAGGCAAGACGAGAGGCUCUUCUUGCGACCCGCCAGCCCUAGCCCCAGGAGGCCAUCUCAAGACAGCGGUCUCGAUCUGGCGUUGUGUGGCUCGCCGCUGCUGGACAACAUGGAGUUGUUGCAAGAGGAUGAGUCGUCGUUAGGCCUCAGCGAACAGGGAAUGGAGAGCGCUCCGACCCCUCAGGAGACCGUAGGGGAGGAAGACGCGAGGGUGCUGACAUUGGCAGAGCAAAUUAUAGCUGCGCUACCGGAAAGGAUCAAGAGGGCGGAGGGUGAUUCUCCGUCUUCUUCUUCGCCACCGCCACUCACGGCACCUCUGUCACCCUUAGAAGACGCUCUGAUGGAACAAAUGCCUCUCGACUCCGGAGAACUGUUCGACUCGUAUCGCGACUGCAACGGCGGCGCCGCGUCGAUCUCGGACGCCGACGCAGACGCCAGUCCCUCGAGUCCCUCCAGCAGUUGCCUGACACCGGACUCGCCGUCCCCGCCGCCCACCACGGCCGAUUUCUGCGAGUUUCUGCAGCUGCAGCUGCAUCUCGACGGCAACGGCAAUGCACACAACGGUCGUACAUACUAUUCGCCGAAUGGCGGCGAGCGCAGGUUGAACGGCAUGCUCGGUUCCGGUGCUCUGUCAGCUACGAGCGACGGCGGUAGCGAGGCGGAUCUGAGCAGGUUGACAUUGUCCGAUCGCGAGCAAAGAGAGCUUUAUCACGCCGCUAGGAUGAUCCAGAAGGCGUACAGAAACUACAAGGGUCGCCAGAGGCAAGAGGAAGCUGAGAGACACGCCGCCGUUCUGAUUCAACAAUAUUACCGUCGUCAUAAACAGUACGCUUAUCACAGGCAAGCGACGAAAGCGGCUCUGGUGAUUCAGAACAACUAUCGAAAUUAUCGCGCGCGGCCAGGGUCAACCAGCAUGAGGCAACAGGCGGUCCAUCAGCAGGCGGCUCAUCAGGCCGCGCGGAAGAUCCAGCAGUUCAUGCGGCAAUCCAAGAUCAACUUGUCGUGGGACGAUUCACGACCGACUGCAGAACGCCAGGGCCGUCGCAAACGGGAACGGGAGGCCGCCAGCGGUCACUUCACGGGCGGCUGCUGUCCCCCAAAGCUCGCCCUCAUCUAGCCCAGGGGCCAGCCUAGUAGCCGCCAGCCAGGGGGUCACCUAGUUGACUGUCGAUCCAACGGCGCGCAGAAUGGCGACAACAAUUCGGUAGCAAAGUAACAUAUACGGCCGGUGGUGAGGAGAGAAAGAGGGAGAGCGUUGAUGAACGACGACGACCUGAACCGCGGACGUCGCGACGCUCUGAGGGGAGCAUACCUCAUCCUACGAUCUCGACGCGCGAGAUCGUUAGCGACAAUUACGACUACAACUACUAGAAAAAGGGUACCAGACGCUCACGACACGGAUAACACGCUUUAUUCUCUGCGUCUCUGAUUUGCGUACCCGAGGUGGUUGACUUAUCUAUCUAUCUAUCUAUCUAUCUAUCUAUCUAUCUAUCUAUCUAAAGUCUUAUCUCGUAUAGUUUUGACUUUUCGUCCCUCACACUGAUGAGUUAAGCACCUGGAGCACCGCGUUUUAUAUCCUCGACCGCUCGUUCGUUUCGCUUGUAUGUACCUUUACUACUACUACCGCAUUUUCUCCACGCGCUCUUGUAUCCUCCUCCGAUCGACACGAGUCAGUAUCGGAAUAGCGUCGGAUUAGGUGAACCUAUCGCGGGAUGGAUUUGCUAAAAAUCCGCGCGUGAUCGAUCGAGAAACAUGUUUAUAGGAUACACGGUUUUUUAUCUUCUGCUUGUAACGUGUAAGAUUUAUCUAGCGUGUCGCAUCUCUCCACGAGAAACGACGAGAAGUACGUCCGGCACGUACGUUGACUCCUUGCAACAGCAUCGUAGUCGACGAACCGUUCCCGUGAUAUUUUAUUGGCAUAUGGUGUGUGCAUCGAGCUGAAUCGCACAAAAUCGUUGUCGCUUUUGUAGACUCAGAUAGCUCUCACGAGCUUCUUGCCAUUGGCAGAUUCUAUCAAUCCAUAGAUCUUUCUGAAAUAAAAUAUUUCUUCGCGACACACGAGGCUCUUUGCAGCUAUCGACAUAUUUCUUCUUUAAGGACACAUUAGUCGACAAGUUCGAAAUCUUUUUGAGAAUAAAGAAUGCAUAAAUUUUGAUCGAAUUUUGUAUAUUUACAGUUCUGAAAGCUAAAUGUCAUGUUCGUUCUACGUUGCAAUUUACAUUGAAUCCGUAUUAAAAAAUUAGAUUAAUAAAUCUCGAUAUAUUAUCGUAAUUUUUACAUUACAAGUAAAUAUACAUAAAUACUUGAAAAAAUAAGGACAAUCAGUUAAAAUUUUUCUUUGCCUGAAAAAUUUUAUACUGUUUACGUCGGCGUAGUUUUAUCACAAAGAAAUAUUCAAGCAAAGAUUAUUACGUUUAUUUUUUCGAUGCGAUGACAUCUACCGAUCACUAUGUAAUUUCACUUGCACUAGGGAACAAUUAUUUUUUCUUUUUUUUUUUACUAAUAUGUCUAUCAAUUAUUGUUCCCGAAUUUGUGGCUAGGAUGGUAUCAACGAAAAACAGAGUUUGGGAAAAAAAGAGGUAAAAGAACGAGCUUGAAUUUCUCCGAACUUAUUUUAUAUAUGUUUAUUCGCAAGUUAGGCUUCGAAGUCAGUUGAUGUUAACGAAUGUCGAUUGACAGAUGAUCGAGCAAAUAAAAAGACGGCAUGAAAUCGAUUCUAAAGAUAGUUGUGAAUUAUAUUUUAGCGACGGAUAAAAUAAGACUCAAAUAUAUAUAGGGAAAAAUUUAAAAUUUGAGUAUUUGGUACGAAUUGGAACACAAUUAGAGUAUUACAAGAUUAGGUUUUUGAUUUUCGAUCGGUAUUAUUGUCUGCGUCCAUUUUUCAUAUUUUUACGAGAAAUGUAGUAAUUAAAUUUACAAGUAUUUCAUACAAAGCUGAACACCGCAUUUUUCUUAUUGUUCAGCUAUAUCGUAAUCGUGAUAUAAUAUGCAGUAUCGAGAAUCCAUUGUACAUAUUAGAUGCGAGAAUAUUGACGUUCGUUACGUCACAGAAAAUCGGUAUCUUUCGUGAAAUUCAUUUUGCUCGAGAGAUAAAAAAAUGAAUAAGAAAGAUUAUACUUUGAUUUUAGAGAAUUUUAGGAAAAGAGCGAGAGGAAAAGGGGGAGAAAUGGGACGAGGAGAAAGCGGCAGUACACGAACGAGGUAGCUACUAGAGGCGAAUGGGGGGAGGGAGAAGAAUUAAAACAAGAGAAAAUAGAGAAAAGAGAAAAAAAAUAGAACAGGCCCUUUGUCCAAAGGGCGCAACUUCAUCCACGGGCUGUGCUAGUCACAGUAUAAUCAACUUGGUAGAGUUACUUUAUAGAAUGUAAGCUAGUCGAUUACACAUUGUUACAAAAACUACCUACCGUUUCUCUCUCCGAUAGGGAAUUUUUUUAAAGGUUCUUUAGCGUAAAAUAAUUAGCGAUUAAUUAAGGACGUAGUUGAUUGCGGACGCGCGAAAGGCGGCGCACAAGCCGCGAUUGUCUCGCGUUCAAAGUCUUUGAUCGAGAGGACAAACGUUUAUUGUGAUAAAUUAAUGGUGAUCCAAGAAAGUAUUUCCGCGCAAUGGGGGACAGGAAGAAACGGAGAGGAGAGAGAAAAGAAAAAGGGAAUAGAAAACACACGUGUUCCACGACACGUAGGUACGUCUCCGUGUAUAUGCAUGCGACAAUUCUCGCUGUGAUAUACGUGAGACGGAGAUAGACAGACAGACAGACAGAGAGAUCCGAAGAGUUAAAUAUAAAUGGUGAAUCGAGUGAUUAUCGCCGAGCGAUAUCUGUCAAGGGAGUUAUGUGUCGAUACUGUGCGCGUCGCAAACGUAAAGGGUAUAUUACUGCGAAUUCGAAUUGCCGAAUUUCUCCGGGAGAGUAAUUAAUCCAUAUCGACCCUCUCCUCUUGGGGUAUAUUACGCAGAAUCACAGCAGGUUGUGAGAUUUAAUAGUGCGACGUAAGUGCAAAGCGCGCGAGGUGGGAUAUUAUUGCAAUAUAUAUAAAUAUAUAUAUAGAUGUAUAUAUAUAUAUAUAUAUUUACAUAUAUAUUGUACACACGAGUCAAUUCCAACGAGCAUUUUCAUGCCAUUAAGCUUAAAAAGUUAUUAGUUAUUAAAAUGAUGCGAGAGGCGUGCGCGCGGAAAGGGAGAAAGGAAAGCGGGGAAGGGAGAAAGGAGGAAGGAUAACAAAUUCUUACACUCUUUUAAUCAUUGUUAAUUAAUUAAAAUAAUCACGAUCCUAUCGAAAUACUUAAACAAAAAUGAGUAAAAUAAUAUAAUUAUUAUACACACAAAAACUAUUAUUAUAUAUAUAUAUAUAAUAUAUUCAUAUUUUUGCUUAUUACAUAUUUAAGAAUCUAAUUAUAAACAAGUGCUAGCAAUUAUUACGUAGCGGGCACGAGAGCAUUGACAAUGAGAGAGAGAGAGGCGAUGACGACGACGAGGGACAAAGUUUCGAGUUAGGAAUAUUUCAGAUCAGUCGGGGCUUGUGUCAUUGUGCGUGGCAAUUUAGAGAUUCCGAAUUCGAGGAUAAAAGACAAAGAUUUUUCUCGGCGAUACGCGCGCGGUCUCGGCAAAGAGGACGAGGUCCUCGGUGCAAAAUCACCGAGGGCAGAGUGCACUGUCGCUUUUCCGGGGUUUCAACGAGACAAGUCGAAUACAGUAUUUUUUACCCGUAGAAUAGCGGACAGAAAGUGGCCGAUACCGCGCGAAUGUUCUAUGGAGAGAAUUUCGCCGUUGUUCCGUAUUCGCAUAAUUAACCACGUACAAUAUGAACAAGCUAAGCGAGGUUACUCAUUAGGUUGAAGGUUGAAAGAGAGAGAGGAAGGAAAAAGAGAGGAAAGCCGCUGAUGAAAAUAAUCUUAAUUAAAAAGACAUCGCUAGGGUAGGCGCUUCGAAGAAUACAUAAACUUUAAAAAAAAGUCAUUUAUAUAUAAUACAAAUUAUUCUCAAAAUAUAAAGAAGUUUAAUAAAAAAAAAAGAAAAAAAAGUAAAGAAGAAAAAUUUUUAAAUUCUACGUAAGAAAGCCAAGAGUCAAAGACGACUAGAUGAUAGGAGCCGCAUGGCCUAACUGCUGCCACUUUAAUUAAUUAAAUAAUUAAUUAUAACUUUAUUACUUAAUUAAUCUCGAUACAACACAAAAAUGGGAAAUAAUAAAAUGAAAAAAAAGAAAUCUAUAACACUACAAAAAAAAAACACACUAUCUCAUGCCACUUUUCAAACUACUCUCUAGACGCAGAGACGAAUCAGUAGGUAUAUUUAAUAGCGGACUAUUAAGCAAGAGAUUAAAACUAAAAAGAACUAAUUUUUCUCCUAUAAAAAAAAAAAAAA